AUGCUCGGCAGGGAGAGCGAGAGGCUGUGCUGCUCGGAGCAGCAGGUCGUGCUGCUGGUGGACUACGGGCUGUACCUCGCCACCUGCCUGACGCUGUGGUACUCGCGGGUGCUGAUGCCGCUGAAGCUGUUCACCACCUUUCUCCACGAGCUGGGGCACGCCAUCGCGGUGUGGCUCACCUGGAACAAGGUGCACGGCAUCGAGGUCCACGCCGACCAGGGCGGGGUCACAAAGUGGUCCACCACGCGGCUGCGGUGUUCGAACCACUUCGUGUUGCCAGCCGGGUACCUCGGCUCGGCAGCAUGGGGCGGGGCCAUCCUGCUCUGUUCGACGAAUCCAUCGGCCACCUAUGCAAUAACGUUCGUGCUGAUGUUCUUCCUGCUGGUGGCGCUGGGCUAUUCUAUCUGCGCUGGAACUGGGGGCGAAGGGGACUGCACGCUCCCAGCGCUGAGUGUGGGCCUGCUGGUGGUCUUCGGUGGGCUGCUCGGGCUCUGCUUCUUCACGGACUGGCAGUACAGGUACCUGCUUCUCAAUAAAGUUCUACUGCUCAUAGGCGUUAUGAACACGUUGUUUUCGACUUAUGACAUAUGGACCGAUUGUGUCAGCCGAACAGUGGAGAGAUCCGACGCGUACAAGUACGCCGAGCUGAUUGGCUGUUGCUGUAGCUCUGUCUGCACGGGUGUGAUCUGGCUGGUGCUGAGCAUGCUGCUCGCAGUCACGGUGCUAUGUCUGGCGCUCCGUCUCAUGCCCGCCGAGCCAGAAUUUGACGGCACGUUCAGCAGCUUCUCCAUGGCCAGCAUCGUGGUCCCCGCUAUCGUGUUCGCCGCGGCCGUCGUCUUCCGGCUGGCCUUCUCGCGGGCGUACGGCGGGAAGAUGAGGGUCGGCCGCGGGCUCGUGCUGGCGGGCGAGGGCAGCGACGCCACCAGCGAAGACAGCGGGCAGGACCCCGAGCUGGAGGGGCCCCUGCGAAGUAGAGAGGUCCUGGCGACCACCGGGCAUCACUGGGCCGGGCACGCCAGCGACUCGGGCUCGGAUAGCUCCAGCGACGGCAGCUGA